AUGCACCUAGAAGCCGAUUAUGCGUUCUAUUGGGUUGAUAAUAGGCGUGAAUUUAUCAGACAGUUCUGUCUUUAUGGAAGAUUGCUAACUAGGGAAGAUUUCGAUGACAAUGGCAAUAUACUUGCUCCAGAACACCCACCAACUUUAGAUCAAUUUAGAGAAAUUAUCCUCCAGUUUGAAAGGGUCUUUGAAGAAGUUGACAAACUAGAAGAUUCACAUGUAUUUGACAGCUGGAUGCGAGUUGAUUUGAAACCCUUCAAAGUGUCUUUAUUAACGGAAAUCCGCCAGUGGAGCGAGAAAUUUAAAAAUUUCCUCGUGGAUCAUGUAACUGACACUCUGAAUGGACUCAGCACAUUCAUUCACGAUAGCAAUAACGAUCUAUCAUUCUCAGAUGAUCCAAACAAAGUUGGCUAUGAUGAGCUCGUUAAAGUGUUGGAGAGACUAAAGCUAAUCCAAGAAGCCGAGAAUGUGACAGACGCUGGUUUCGAGCCAUUGGGAGAAACGGUUGCGUUGUUGCGGGAAUUCAAUGAAGAGCUUCCUGAUUCUGUACUUAAGUUACUAGAAGCUCUUCCAACUCAAUGGACUGAGCUUAAAAACUUCUCAGUUAUAACAAAGCAGAAAGUUCAACCUCUUCAGGAACGCGAAGUGCAAAACAUUCGAAAUUUGAGUUCACAGUACGUUGAACAGGUAUCUUCCAUGCAUCAGGAGUUUGCAGGGUCAGACAUAUUUCGAUACGACUGUCGUAAUCCUUAUGUCCAACUCGAUAACUGGGAUGUUCGACUUAAAAAAUUGGAAAAUGAUGUCACCGCAAUACAAGAUUCAGCAAAGUCAUUCGACGUUCGAGAUAUUCCAAACUAUGCAGAUCUGAAGACUAUGCGGAGAGAGAUGAAGACCGUUAAGAAAAUGUGGGAUUUAGUCAACACUUUCAACAACUACAUAGCAUCCUGGAAGGUCCAACCAUGGAAGCAAGUUAACUUCGAGGAAAUUGAAGAUGUUAUCCGCGUUAUAUCAUUGGAUUUGCGAUCAGCAGACAAAGACGUCAAAAGGUGGCCUCUUUAUAAGGACUUUGAAGGAGCACUGAAGGAUAUUAGUACAUCUAUAUCCGCUGUCAGUGAUCUCCAGAAUUCGGCAAUCAAGGAUCGUCAUUGGGCGGAAUUGAUGCAAGACACAGGGGCUAUUAUAGAUAUUAGUAAUAACACAGAUCUCGAGGAACUCCUCACUUUGAAUCUCCACAAGUUCGAAGACAAGGUUCACGGAAUAGUCUCUAAGGCGUUAAAUGAACAGAAGAUAGAGGGGGACCUAGAGAAAAUCGAAAACACGUGGACAAAUAUGUGCUUUGAAUUUGAGAAGCAUGAAAGGACUGGACUUAUGUUGCCCAAGCAAACGGAAGCACUUAUUGCACAACUUGAAGAGACCCAAGUCAAAAUACUUGACAUGAUGUCAAAUCGAGACAAUGCUCACUCGAUUGAAAAGAUUAAUCAUUGGAAUAAGAUAUUGCUUACUGUAGACAAAGUACUUACCCUAUGGUUCGAGACCCAAAAAGUCUGGUCAGGUCUUGAAGCUAUAUUCGUGCUAUGUGAUGAUAUUCGGCAACAGCUGCCCAACGACACGGAUCUUUUCUUUGAGCACGACAAGGAGUUUCGCCUGCUGAACGAAGAACUAGCUAAAAAACCGAAAAUUGUAGAAGCCACAACGAGUCAGCCGGAAAUGUUUGAUAAUAUUCAAGCGGUGCGAAAUGGUUUUGAGAUAUGUGCAAAGACUCUAGCUACCUAUUUGGAAACUAAACGAUUGGCUUUUCCAAGAUUUUACUUUGUCUCACAGGCAGAUUUGACGGAUAUCGUUAGUAAGGGAAAGAUGCCCCAGAGAGUUUUCAAACACCUAUCGAAACUAUUUGACAGCAUCUGUAAUCUUAUCGUCAACUCUGAUAAUCAAUCUAAUAGUAACCUGACUGCGCUGAAAAUGGAAGCUAAGGAUGGUGAAAUAGUUGAUUUCGUGAAUAAAUUUGCUCUGGAAGGUCAAGUGGAGGAAUGGUUGAGCCAUCUUCUAGAUGAGAUGAGAAACACCAUACGAAUGACUCUCUCGGAAGCAGUCGCUGCGUAUGAGGAGAAACCUCGUGACCAGUGGAUCUUCGACUAUCCAGCUCAAGUCGCCCUAACAGGUUCUCAAAUUGGGUGGACCGCGGAGGUGGGCAUUGCUUUCGCACGUCUUGAAGAAGGUCUUGAAAAUUCAAUGAAGGAGUACAAUAAAAAACAGAUUGCCUCCUUAAGUGCCCUUAUUGAAAUGCUGUUGACUGAUCUAACCCCAGGUGAUCGGCAAAAGAUUAUGACUCUCUGUACAAUUGAUGUACACAAUAGAGACACCGUGGGAAAGCUGAUAUCUAUGAAAGUUGAUAACUCUAGAGCAUUCCAAUGGCUUUCUCAACUUCGUUUUAGAUGGGAUGAGAGGGUAGUUGACUGCUUUGUCAAUAUCUGCGAUGCUCAGUUCGUCUAUGAGCACGAGUAUCUAGGCUGCACACCAAGACUAGUUGUAACUCCAUUGACAGACAGGUGUUACAUAACUCUGACACAAUCUCUUCACCUUGGAAUGAGUGGGGCUCCAGCUGGACCGGCCGGAACAGGGAAGACAGAGACCACUAAAGACUUAGGAAGAGCUCUCGGAACCAUGGUUUACGUCUUUAACUGUUCUGAGCAAAUGGAUUAUAAAUCCGUAGGGAAUAUUUAUAAGGGCCUUGCUCAAUGCGGAGCCUGGGGAUGCUUCGAUGAAUUCAAUCGGAUAGCAGUGGAAGUUCUCUCUGUAAUCUCUGUGCAGGUUAAGUGCAUUCAGGAUGCCGUUAAAUCGAGGAAGACUACGUUCGAAUUUUUGGGAGGGACUAUUCCUCUGAAAGCAUCGGUAGGCUUAUUUAUCACCAUGAAUCCUGGAUAUGCGGGUCGUACGGAACUCCCCGAAAAUCUAAAAACACUUUUUCGGCCAUGUGCUAUGGUCGUGCCUGACUUUGGUUUGAUAUGUGAAAUCAUGUUGGUUGCGGAAGGUUUCGUUGGCGCUAGGCUCUUGGCUCGCAAAUUUAUCACUCUAUAUGAACUCUGCAAGGAUUUACUUUCCAAACAAGACCAUUACGACUGGGGUUUGAGAGCCAUCAAGUCUGUUUUAGUUGUGGCCGGCUCCCUGAAACGAGGUAAUCGUGAGAUGCCGGAGGAUGCAAUUCUGAUGCGGGCACUACGAGACUUUAACACACCCAAGAUUGUCACGGAUGACCUACCUGUGUUCUUGGGCCUUAUUAAAGACCUGUUUCCAGCCUUAGAGGCUCCAAGGAAACGAAAUCCAGCAUUGGAAGAAGAGGUUAAGAGGGCUGCCAUUCAUAAAGGCUUGCAGGCGGAGGAAGCCUUCAUUCUCAAGGUAAUUCAAUUAGACGAACUCUUCGCUGUUAGGCACUCAGUCUUCAUAGUAGGGGUUGCUGGAGCCGGAAAGACUGAAGUUUGGAAAACUUUAUAUCAUACCCAUCUCAUGAAUGGUCGUACUCCGACGGCAAUUGACCUUGAUCCCAAGGCGGUAACAAAUGAUGAACUCUUUGGUGUCAUUCAGUCCUCCACAUGGGAAUGGAAAGAUGGUCUCUUCUCUAACAUAAUGCGUGACAUGUCAAAUCUUACACAUAAGGGACCAAAGUGGAUAGUACUGGAUGGUGAUAUCGAUCCUAUGUGGAUUGAGUCGUUAAACACGGUGAUGGAUGACAACAAAAUUCUUACUCUGGCUAGUAAUGAGCGUAUUCCUCUCACACCAACUAUGCGUCUGUUAUUUGAGAUAAGUCAUCUGAAAACUGCCACUCCUGCUACUGUUUCCAGGGCUGGAAUUCUCUUCAUAAAUGCUACUGAUUUGGGCUGGCUGCCGUAUGUUCACAGCUGGUUAGACAUUCGUGAGAAAGCGGGCAAAGUGCUCUCUCGUGGAGAACGACCAGCACUCUCGAUCUGUUUUGAUAAGUAUGUUGGCCUUUGUUUGGAUAUCUGCAAUUCGAAAUUCAAGAAAAUAACACCAAUCCCUGAUUUGUCCCACGUCAAUAUGCUCUGCUACCUUCUUGAAUGUAUGUUAGAUAGCCAAAGAAAUUCGAAAGAUACUCGUGAAUUCACGAAGGAAAAUUAUGAGAGUCUAUUCUGUUUUUGCUGUAUCUGGGCCACCAUAGAAUGGAAUUUCACAAGUGGUGGACCAAUGAAUUCAAGUCCGUGA